AUGGUUCCUUCUUUGUUGACUAGAUUUAAAUUCUUGCAAAGUGAUUUGUUCCGUGGACGUGUUGCUUUGGUGUGUCUCGUUCUCCAGAAUGCUGCUGUUGUUCUUGUUACACGAUAUUCACGUGCAAGACAGGGGGAUAUGUAUUUUCCUUCAACAGCUGUAGUUAUGAGUGAAUUAGUCAAACUUUUAUUUUGUCUCUUUCUUGUAUUUGCCGAAGAAAAUUUUUCUCUCGCCUCAUUUGUGGAUAAUUUAAAACAUAAUAUCAUAAAAGAUCCUUGGGAUUGUAUAUUAGUAUCGGUUCCUGGAAUGGUGUAUACAAUUCAGAAUAAUCUACUAUUUGUGGGUUAUUCAAAUUUGGAUGCUGUUUCAUUUCAGAUAUCAUAUCAAUUGAAGAUUUUCACAACAGCAAUUUUCUUCAGAAUUAUUUUAUCCAAACAAUUAAGUCGUGUUCAAUGGUUAUCAUUGGGGAUUUUAUUCACCGGUGUAGUAUUAACUCAGUUGAAUGAUAUAAUGAAAUCGGAUAAUAUGAUAACAGAUAAACAAAUGAAUGCUACUAAUAAGGCUAGUAGUAGUAGUAGUAGUAGUGGUAGUAAAAAUUUAUUUUUUGGUCUAUCAUCUGUUGUAUUAGCUUGUAGUUGUUCAGGUUUUGCUGGUGUCUUCUUUGAAAAACUACUUAAAACAAGUUAUAAAAGUGUAGCUGUACGUAAUAUUCAAUUAGCAUUCUAUGGUGUAACAGUAGGUAUUAUAACUGUUUAUCUAAAAGAUGGUUAUGAAAUUCAUAUGAAAGGUUUUUUCUAUGGUUAUGAUUCUAUUGUAUGGAUAGCAAUAUUAAUACAAUCAUUAGGCGGUUUAUUAAUUGCUGCAACUAUACGAUAUGCUGAUAAUAUUCGUAAAGGAUUUGCAUCAUCAUUGGCAAUUGUACUCACUUUUAUAUUGUCAAUAUUUUGGUUUAAUUUUCAUCCAACAAUUUUAUUCUUUCUUGGAGCUAUAUUAGUUAUCAUUGCAACUGUUGUAUAUUCUGCUUAUCCACCGAUGAAUAGUCCUGGAAAUACUAUUACAACUCAUGGUAAUCAUAAUAAUAAUAGUAAUAGUAAUGAUAAACGCGCUACCUUUGGAUCACCCGGAUGUGAAUUUUCUUCUCGCUUUGCCAACAAUUUACGAAAUCCACGUAAGGGGGCAUAUGAUCUGCAAUUUAAGAAUGUACCAAACAUUCAAAGGGACAAAAUGAUCAACACUUCUAACUAUUCGUCUUCAUCAGUUAUGCAAAAUUUAAAACCUGAGUCAUCAAAUUUUUAUGUUGGCCUUACUCUUGCUUAUUGUCAACAAUCUUUAUUGGAACUAGUUUCAUAUUUAAGAAGCUUGCACUUCGUCGUGCUUCUAGGAAUGGAUCUAGAGCUGGUGAUGGUUCAUUAA